AUGGCAGCCAGCACUUCCCGCUGGCACAGCUACCUCGGUGUGAUCGUGUCCCAUGAGAGGCAGUGGCUGGGGGCAUUUCCGCGCGGCACCACCCUCCUGGAGACCGUCCACACCAGUGAGCCCCGCUUCCUUGUGGACUACGCCAGGAACCCAGAAGCCUUCAAAUUUGCUCUCUGCACCUCUGAGGAUGCUGUCACUGUGGAGGUCCCCCUGUGGAUCGAUGGCGAUGCCCUGCACGUGCUGGCGUGCUGGCCCGGGGAGACACCAGCCGGGCACCGUCCAGGGUUGGGCACCUGCUGUCUGGAAGUGCCCUCUCCAGGGACCAACUUGGAGGACUGGACUAGCACUGUGGGUGUGAUGGAGCGGGGAGGUGGUGUGGGGUGCCUGGUUCCGGACAAAGUCCUCCAGCACCUGAAAGAGCUCCUUGUUUCGUCCAUCGUGCGCUGCCAAUGCCGCUUCCUGCUUCAGUCAGGUGACCUCAGUGCCAAAAAUCUGCAGGAAGAUGCUAUGGACUCUCUGCUGAUCCGCAGUGGUUGCAAGACCGUCUGCUUUGACAUUGUCCCGGUGGUGAGGAGGCAGCAGGAGCCACUCCGGCUCAAGGGGUGGCAGAGCGACAGGGGCUUCCCUGAAGGCAGCCUCUGGAAGGACACAGAAGCAGCCCCCAUUGUCCCUGCCUCUCCCCAUUGCUGGGGAUCCUCCACUCACCUCCCCAACCUGAAGCUGCUCCAGGCAGUGGACACACUGAAGGGAUCCUGUCUGGACAGCCUUCACCUGCUUAACCAGCUCCACAGUCAGGACUGGGGAGGGGAGGGUGGGAAAGGUGGUCUCACCUUCAACCACCUGAAGAUGGUGCUGCUGUGGAGCAUGGAGCUCUUCCCCUCCCCAGAGGAGUGGCAGGACCUGGAGGGCUCGGUCUACAGGCUCUUGGUGAUCCUCCUCCGCUGCCUGGCCACCCAGCACCUGCCCCACUUCCUGCACCAGGAGGAGAACCUCAUCUAAGGAGACCUCCCAGACCUCGCCUCCCUCUACUGUAAGGUGGAGAGCUUUGCCCAGGAUCCCCGACACUUCCUCUGCUUCCAUUUUGGCCUCCCUGUGCCCACUGACAGCUGGCAGGCAGACCCUGGCACCCAAGCCCUCCUGCAGCUCCCUGACAAGGAUGGGUCCUACUGGGACACAGCCUACUUUGACAUCCUGCUCAGCCAGUUCCAGGUGUACCGCAUCCAGGACAGCACAUGCAACUCGGCAGUGUCCCAGCUCCUCUCCAAGGACCAGUGAGAAAUCCCCCAGCAGAGCUGA